AUGGACCUCUCCAUCACUACUGUGCUCUUCUCGAUUUUCUCCAGUUGCCUCUGCGAUGCAGAAGCCAGAAAAUAUACGACUGUCCUCACAGUGCCUAACGGAGCACGUUGGGGUAUUUGGGGAGAAACAGAAUUCUGUCCCAAAGGACAUGCAAAUGGAUUCCAACUGAAGGUAGAGCCACACAGACCUAAUUUAAUACUGAAAGAUGAAACCUCUCUGAAUGGCAUCCGCCUCUAUUGCACUGACGACACACAAAUUGAAUCUAGUGUUGGCAUGUGGGGAGACUGGACAAAGGCUGAGGUCUGUCCCGAAGGCAAUCUGAUCUCUUUCUCUCUGAGAGUACAAGCAGAGCAAGGGCUUUUAUUCGAUGAUAAAGGAGGUGACAAUAUCAGGUUUGCCUGUGAACAUGGGGCUGUUCUCACAGGCCAUUCAAAUGACUGGGGUACAUUUGGCCCCUGGAGCCCACCCUGUCCUCAAGGCGCCAUAUGCGGGAUCCAGACAAAAGUAGAGCCUCCGCAGGGGCAAGGCGAUGACACAGCACUCAACGAUGUGAGGUUCUACUGCUGCGACUGAACCGUAUGUGUCU